AUGAACGUAUUUCUACGCCAGUACCGUGCAACUCCACACAGCACCACCAACACAUCCCCAUCUGAAGCUCUAAACAGCCGAAAACUGCAAACGCUUCUUCCCCAGCUCACCGAAGUUCCCAAUCCUGAAGCAGAUAAUUCCAUCCACGAAACGGACAGUGAGAAGGAAGGAAAGAUGAAGGAAUACGCUGACAAACGACGACGUUCUGAAACCAGCGAAAUAAAAGUAGGAGAUACAGUCCUAAUCCAACAACCGAAAGCAAACAAGUUGUCCACUCCUUUUAAUCCAAGUCCUUACAAGGUCGUAGCGAGGAAAGGAAGUAUGGUCACUGCUGAACGUGGUUCUCAUAAAGUUACCCGCAACGUUUCGUUUUUCAAAAAAAUUAAAGCUACCUUCAACCCGGAAGAUGCGACAGUCGAUGAAUCCGAUGAUCCAAUCCCACAUUCCCAACACAACUUGAAGCAACAAGUUGCCCCACCACCUCCCAGAAGAUCUCAACGGAACAGACAACCUCCCAACAGACUGAGAUAUUAA